GAUAACGUGGGUGUUUGUCUGGUUUGCAACUGGGCAGCAGCUCUCCACAAUGCGAUCGUGUUUACUCCGGCGUAAAGCACCAGAACUCGGGGUUAUACUUAGGUUAAUACACCUCAUCUUAUACAUUAUUCUCACCAAGGCCGGUCAUGUUCGGAGUUCUGAACCGCUUCAUCGGCCAUCUGGACGGCGAACCAGUCCAGCAGGCUCGAGCCACCAACGAUAAUGCAUUUGGCUUCCAAGUACUCCGCAACAAGGACCCGGAACUGCCCCUGGAGCCGUGGUUUGACUUUAUUGUUGGCAUUAAUGGGCGUCUAAUUGACUAUCCAGACCCGAAUCUCUUCACUACGGAAGUUCGUAACUGCGCCGGCUCCAGUGUGACAUUUGAAGUUUGGAGUGCAAAGGGUCAGAAGACACACACCGUCUCUAUUCCAAUUCCCCCAUCCAAUCCCACGCUGGGCCUCGCAUUGCAACUUGCGCCUCUUUCGUCGACACAGCAUAUCUGGCAUGUCCUGAACAUCCCGUCACCGCUCAGUCCGGCAUACCGGGCAGGGUUACUUCCACACUCAGACUACAUCAUCGGAACGCCCAGUGGAACAUUACGGGGAGAAUCCGCACUGGGAGAAUUAGUGGAGGACCACCUGGACCGGACACUGGUGUUGUGGGUGUACAACAGCGAAUUCGACGUAGUACGCGAGGUCGAGUUGGUGCCCACCCGAGGCUGGGGUGGUGAGGGCGCAUUAGGGGCUGAACUAGGGUACGGCGCAUUGCACAGACUACCAGUUGGAUUGGGCGAGGAGGUAGAAGGCCCUGGCGAGGUAGUAUUUGAAACGCGUGCGGAUGGCACCUCGACACCCGUCCUGGACCCGACGAAUCCUACCUACGGCCAGGGUGUCGCACCUGGUGCAACCGCUGGCGGCCAUUUUCUGGUCCCGGCCAAUAUGACAGCGCCGCCUCCCUUGGCAUCGCAGGCGCCACGAAGUCUCUCUGGGUCACCGGCGCCUGGCCCGUCACCUGCUGCGCGCCGCGGCAAGACUCGUCAGUACGCCGUUUCGCCUAACCGGGCGUUCGAUGAGUAUUUUGCCGAGGGGGAACAGAAGAGUAAAGAGCAGGAUUAUGCUCCGUCACGGAAGGGAACGCCGCUGCCUCCUCCGCCGAAAGGAAUUCGGUCCCCGCCACCAUCAGGAAGUCCCGCACCAGCGGAAGAGUAGGGGAGUGGAUUAAAUUAGGCAUUCUGAUCGUAGAGUUUCUUGUUUGUAGAGUAUCAUGAGUCUCCGGAGUUACGAUGGUCGAGUGGGGUAUGGUAUACCAAUUGAUGGAUUCGCAAUAUCAGUCAAUCUUUCACGGCGGUGCUGCGCACCAGUUUCUACUACAGUGGAUUUUAGACACUAACAGAA